AUUUAUAAUAUUUUCAAAUCUUGAUUAGCAGAUACAUGACAUAGUUAUCACUUGAAAUUUAAGCAGAAUGAUAUCACCUUUGGAUGUUCUUUCUUUUGAAUCAUGGAUUUUUGUCGCAAGUGUGAUUUUUCUUGCAAGAUAUUACGUUAGACGCAAAUGGAGCAAACUAGAAAAUUUGCAAAUUCCAUUUGAUCCUCCAUCUCUCAUGAAUUUGGGAAGCUUGAGAAAGGAAUUCGGAGAAAAGACUGCAUUUGAGUAUGACAAUGAAUGCAAGAAGAAAUAUGGUAAUAUAUGGGGUCUGUAUGAGGGAUUGCAUCCCGUGAUAACGGUUCACGAUCCUGACAUUUUGCGACAAAUUUUCAUCAAAGAUUUCUCAAAUUUUCCAGACAGGGAUAAACGGUUGACAAAAAUUGGCGGAAAAGAGUUGAACAAUGGACUAACUGUCGUAAGCGGAAAACAAUGGAAAAGAAUUAGAUCGACGAUGACACCAACUUUUUCGACGUCAAAAUUGAAGAAUAUGUUUGGUAUAGUGGAAUGGUGUGUCGACAACGCAGUUGCAGCUUUCAAUAAAAAAGUUGAAAACAAAAACGGAAUUUUCAAUCCAAAAGAAUCAUUUUCACGCCUUUCAUUGGACAUCGUAUGCUCAGCUGCUUUCAGCACUAAAGUUCAUUCUCAAGACGAUACAGUUGAAGAACCGGAAAUUUCAAAACAAGCAAAAAAUAUAUUUUCGAGCAGUUUUUUCAAUCCUCUAAUUUUGUUGUGCAUUGUUUUUCCUCCGUUCGAAAAAGUCUUAGAAAAAUUGAAUAUCAGUGCAUUUGGAAGCGGUGCAGUGGGAUAUUUCAAAACGCUCACUGAUCGUGUUAUUGGGAAACGCAAAGAAAAUCAUCAUGCGGAGAGCAGAGUUGAUCUUAUGCAGCUUAUGCUUGAUUCUGAGAUACCAGAAGACAAACUCACGGAAAACAAUGUAAAAGGGAUGACCAAAACUGAAAUUGUGGGAAACUCGAUGCUAAUGAUACUUGCUGGUUACGAAAACACUGGGGGCACAAUGUCUUUCUUGGCAUAUUGUCUUGCUCAAAAUCCGGAAAUACAAACAAAAGUUCAAGAGGAGAUAGACGAAAUGUUUGAAGAGCAUGGCAAAUUUGACUAUGAGGGCUUGAGCAAACUCAAGUUACUGGACAUGUGUAUAAAUGAAACUCUCAGACUAUACAUCCCGAUACUGAAAAACACUCGUUUCGCCGAAAAGGAAAUCACAAUUAACGGAUUUACAAUACCGGCAGGAAUGCAGAUAAACAUACCGACUUACCAACUUGCUCAUGAUCCAGAAUAUUGGGAUGAACCGUAUGAAUUCAAGCCAGAAAGAAUGCAAGACAUGAGCCAGAUUGAUCCAAUGGUUUACCAACCGUUUGGCGCAGGACCAAGAAACUGCAUUGGAAUGCGAUUUGCACUGUUGGAAAUCAAGCUGUCUUUGGCAAAAAUUCUGCAGAACUUCACUAUCAAGCCUACGGAAAACACUCCUAAACCACCUCUUAAGUUGAAGUUUGCCUUUUCCGUUCGACCCGAGGUAGAGUUUGAUCUGAAAGUUGAGCCAAGAAGAACAUAAUUAUAUAAAAACUGAAGAAAACGAGAAUCAUUCAACUGCACUCAAUUAUAAAUAGAUAUAUGAAAUAUUUAGUAGGCCUAUAUUGUAAUUAUAGAUGACUAAUAUUGACAAAUUAA